AUUAAAAAUUGCCGCAAUCUUUAAAAAAAAAGAACAGGAGAAAAAAAAAUCUCAAACAGGUAUACGAAAACAUAGCAUUUGCUCGUGAAUGAACAGAUAGACUCAGGAAGCCAAGCGGAGCGUUAAAAUUCGAUUUCGACUGCAUCGUCAUGCAGCGGAUUCGAAUCCGGCCCGGGGGACCAGAUCACCAGAUGCAACUCAGCGCUGACGACUGCACUUCCUCAUGCAUGUGUAAGUGCAGCUGUACACGGGCUUGCAUUGUGUGCGCGCUGCUCGAAUCCUCGCUUCGUAACGAACAUUUUCAAACUCGGGGCGUUGAUUGGUCCGCGGGCGUUGGUUCCCGCCGCGGCCGCCAGAGCGCGCUACCUACCGCGAGCGCUCGCCGAGACGGUUACGAAGGCCCGGGUUCAAAUUCGAACCUAUCAUUAAACCGCCACCAGCGGACCGCUCACGUUACUCGUCGCUCCGCGCAGCGCUCAACUCCGCGUGCGUGUCGUAAACGUUGUUGUUAUUGUUGUGUCGUGUUGUUACUCCACGUUGUUACGUAUUAGUGCCUACCGCCCGUUUUUAAAUUUUUACGUUGUUAUCCCCGCGGAAAGUAACUUUCCUGUGUUGUUAUGUUAACGCAAAGUGAAUACGCCAUUCGAAUGAUGGAAAUGCGCGGAAAAGUGUCGUUGCUCGAGACGCUCGUGGCAUACCGCGAGUGCCGGACACCGCUGAGGCCCCGGUGUUUGUUCGGGCCCUCGGAUAAAAAGGAAAACAUCACCUUCGCUAAAACGGAGCUGAUGAAAGAUAGACAGAAGUUUUUCCAGCGCUACGCCCUGGUUGAGCCCCAUGGAGAGGACCUGCUCUUCGAGUUGUGCAACAGUGUUAAGCGGAAAAGAAAGUGGGAGGAUGACCGCAUCCAGACGAAAGUACCCUGUACUUGCGCCCUAGAGGCUCAGGAACAAGAAACAAGCCCCAUCAAACAGACGCACAUAACAGAUUUCUGGCAAAUCAAAAGGCGACAGGUGGACUCUUCCCCCCAGAAGACCCAAUCGUUACCACCGUCGACGGUUUCCUUAAGCCACCCCGUGGACUCCGUGUCAGCGGUAUAACCCUCGACGCGAUGUGACGUCACCUCGUGACGAGACGAGUCGCCGCUUUAGUCAAUGUUGAUCUGUUAGCAUCUGCAGUUGGAGCCGUCCUCGUCCAAGAUGUUGGGCUCUCCUCCGCCUUGUUUCCGACCGGAUGACGCAAGUCCUCCGCCAAUGUGUGAUUUUCGAGCACUUUCACGCCCAACUGGAAAAUCCUGAAACCAGAACAGGACGCUGGGUUACAAUAGUCUACGGGUUUACCUGUACGCAAGAGCCGCAGACCGUGAGAACGUUUCACCGAAUCAUCUCUGAACCUGGGAAUUCCGAAAAUAAUUGGAAUAGUUGCAUCGAUAAUCGAAGUCGAUAGAUCCUCGUCAGUUUACUGAGAGUGUCAUUCCUUCUUGUACAGGAAUCUCUAGAAUUAUUAUCUUUGUAGGAGCUACAUAUCUCAAAUUGAGCCCACCUGUAAAAUAUUCUUAGGUCGGGUCUCAAAAUUCUUUCCCCGAAUCAUUGCAAGAGAUAAUCAUGUCGGCUUGUCCGAUAAUUUUGAUCCUAGCAUUCCACUUUUACUCCAAUCAUUGUUUUUAUCAUCAUCAACCGAGUGUUAUUUAAUGCGAUCAAAUUUUACACUUAAAGUAUUUUCCAAUAAUCUUGAUAAUUUCAAUCCCCAAUUCUAAAAUAUUCACAAUCAGCAAAUUUGUAUAAAAUGCUUUAAUCGCAUUUCCUUACGGUUAUCAUAAUUUUAUCUGCUGUAAUUGCAAUGUAGCGUUCAAAUCAUCCGUUAACUGGGAAAAUAUUGAAAUAUUUCGUGAUUGAUUAUUUAGAAGCCAGUCGCAAUUCAUUGUCUCAUGUGUAACACAUGACUUUUAAAUGCCAACGAUUUCAAAAAAGAUUAUCAAAUCAUGGAUUUGUAAUCCUUCUCAUGUCACGAAGGUUGCAAUUAUGACUAAUUAGCUAAAUUUUGAGGCAUUUGGACUAAAUAGUCAGUUGAGUUGCAAUAGAUCAGACUUUUCUGUUAGUCGUUUUUUUUUUUGGAAAUACGAUCGCCUCAAGGAUUGAGUUCAUCCGAACUCGAGAGCUUCUCAAAAAUUCAGGGUCAAUCAUGAACCUCAAAUUUUUAAGGAGCCCUCACCUAUUUCUAAAACGAAUUCUUCUAAAUUGAAAAGCUGAAGUAGAUUAUACAUUUGUUCAAUGAUGUGCAGGUUUGACUUCUAAAUAAUUGAUUCUUUUGAGUAUUUUACAAAUAAGUCUGUUGGCUCUAACAAACUGAUUUUCUCAGGGAAUCCCCUUAGUUCUGUUCCUGAGUUUCUAUUAGUCACCCUCCUAGGGCCAGUUUGGUCGUGUAUUGUGAGAAAUUUCAAAUAUUUUUAAUCAUUUAAUAUAUGUAUUGUUGUAAUAAUUUUAAAAUUUAUCGUUAGACAUAUUGUACGAUUGUAAAAAUUGUAAUUUAGAUUAGAUUAAGGCACAAAGAGCUCCCAUUUAUAUUUAAGAUAAACAUAAACUCUAAAAUUAAAAUUUGAUGAAAACUUCACAAAUUGUUCCCUAGCAUAUGUAUCCAAUUAUUAUUAAGAUUGCUGCAGGAAAGCACCUUCAUAAUUGUUCAUUCUUAGGUGUUGUUCAAAAUUUAUAAUCAAAAUUUGUGGAAUCUUAACUAGAUUACACAUUAAAUUUUCGGCAAUUCAAUGUGAAUAAAACUAUGUUGCACUUAACAGUUCUCUGACAAAAAAACAAAAUUUGAACAUUUAAUGUUUACAUUCAAUUUGUAAAAUAUGAAUUUACUGUACAUAACUUGAAUUGAACCUUAGCAGAUAAAAGUCAGGUUUAAUUUCAAAAUGAACCAAGCUAGCUCUUCUCAUCCAUUGUUGAAACAAUAUAUUUUUAUUAUCCAAGCACAACUUUUUUAUACAGACCGGAUCCGAAUAUUUAUUUUCAGAAUUUUCACUAAAAAAAGAUGCCUCUAGGAAUAAAUAAUACAAUUUUAAAAUUUCGAUCUAUUUUUUGUCGCAUGACCUGACUUAACAUCUGACUGCAAAAAAAAUUGAUGCAACUGCAAUAAGUGUAACUUUCUUUUAGGGGCAAUAAAGAUUCUAGUCUAGCUUCUGAUUUUCAACUUCACAAAAAGAAAAAUAAAAAGAAAAUGAAAACGAAACUUUAUAAUUUUAAUUACUAUUAGUCCUAGCAGUAGUACCAUCGAGCUUUUUAAGCUAUUUUUAGAAAUCUGUGGUAGUAUUCUUAAGUUAGUAUUUUAUCAACAGAUGAAACUUUCCGUGAAAUUUAAUGCUAGUUCCGCAGAAAUAUUCCACAAAUCUUAGCGUGAAUCUUGAAAAACUUUGUUUUAUUAUUCCGCAUGGAAAAAGUUUACUUUUCCAUCCCCUCCUGGUUUUAUCGAAAUGUACCAUUCAAUGUUUGUAAGUAAUCCAAUAUAUUCCUGAAAAUUCAAAUUCUUAUGAAUUACUCAAAAAACAUAUAUUGUUUACCCUCUGAUGUAUUUUGGUACGUAAAAGUAAGAUCUGUAAGGUAGGAUCGCUUAAAGUUAUCUCCACAUAUUUCUUUUUCUUUCUUUUUUAAUAUUCAUCCAUUGAUGUAUUUUUCAAUGAUAAUGAUCUGAAGGAAAAUUUACGUGGUUUUUGUUUGACAAACCUUCUUUUUUAAGCAGUUUAAAUAUAAGAAAGUGGAAUCCUCCUUCUUAGAAAUCUUCCCCACAUUUUAAAUCGCAUCUAUUAGUUAGAGAACGGAAAGUGAAUGUUUAAACUUCAAUUAAAAUUAAAUCAGAGUUUUGUAAAAUUGUAAUUAGCUUGUAAAUAAAUUUGAAAUUCUUUAUUGUCAUUGUAAAAAAAGGAAAAGAAUGAAGAAUAAUCGGCUGAUAGACCAAAGUUUUGUUUAAAGUUUUGAGUUUUUUUAUUGAUAAAAUAAAAAAAUUAAUGAAAGAAAUCAUUUGAAAAUAAAUUAAAAAAGUUAUAAGGUCAAUGAAAAAAUUGAAUUUAUCAUUGCUAUGUGAUCUCCUAUUUGCUUUGCUAGUCCUUGAUUAUAAUCUUUAAAAUAGUUUUAGGAUGUAUUGUGGUUUUCAAUUAGAACUGUAACAUUUCGUUGUGUAGUAUUUAAGAAUCAAAUUUUAAUUAUUUACUUGCUAGUUUUCUAGGAAAAUACACUUUACAUUUCACCUUACCAUUCAAAAGCUCUGUAAUAUUAUUGAAAAAAAUAAAAAUAAGGAUGCCAAUAUA